AUGGGAGGGAAGGACCAUGGCGCCCUGCCAUUCCCAACGGCUGCUGGAUAUGGGAUGCUUGCGCUGAAUGGGGCAAAAGGAGGUGCUACAAAGUAUCUCACCCUUCAGUACCUAAAUUAUGCUCGCUGGACUGCGCAGCAGCACAGCUGCAGCAUGAUAGAAGCGCUUCGGAUCAUGGGCCGAACGCACUUGAUCUCCGUCGAUGGCACAUGGACACCUCUCGGCUUUGCUAAAUACUGGCGCCCAGCGGUGACGCUGCUCAACGAAACGGUUCAUUGGGGCAUGAAGGUUCCAGCUGCCAUGCUGCUCUUCCAGCAGUUCCGAGAUCUUGGCUUCGGCCCUCACGGUGGUCUCUUCACCGCCGUUGCCCUGAGCACUGCCGGAGAGGUAGCUGCCACCGGAUGGAGCGAACGCUUUGGCGUGCAUAUGGGCCUGCAACAGCAGAUCUCGUCGUACCGGGAGUCUUUCUCGAUCUCGCGCCAGGCUCGUCAAGGAAUUCUCGCAGGUGCUUGGGCGGGUGCGGCCGGACUUUGGGUCAGGAACUUUUCCUGGAACUUUGCCUUCUUCGAAUGGAAGCGCUUCCUGCACAACGCCGUAGACAACAGUCCGGCCAAUGCACCUGCUUGGUUCGAAGCUCACCUAGACUGGCUCCGCAGCCUGGAGAAGAAGAACCAGGCGAAUGUCCUCACUUUUGAGGCUGCAACACUGGGCACGUAUCUCACGUUUUUCAACAUGGCCGGAGACAACGUCAAGACCAAGAUGCAGGUGGAUCCUGCGCGGUAUCCCAGCUUCAGCCUGACCGUCCGUGACAUCUGGCACAAGCACGGACUCCUGGGCUUUACCAGGGGAAGUCUGUUUAAGGGGAUUUAUCUCAUACUUGGGUCGACCCUCGCGAUAGGCAUUCAGGAAAGGCUGACGGAAAUUAUGGCAGCGCUAUUCCGAUGA